AUGAAGAGUGUUAUCUCUAUUGCGUUCGCUACUUUGCUGGCCGUCGGCCAGGCUUCGUCGUGGGGCUCGAACGAGUCCUAUUCAGUCCCGGAAAUCGCCAACAAUAAGUGUAAUGACGACCAGGAGAAGGGAUUUACCUGGUCUGGUCUGGCUACCGGCUCUUUCGACCAGUAUGGCGGCAUGAAAUUUUCCGAAUUUACCUGCAGCAACACUUUUGGUGGCAAAGCUGACAAAUGUAUCACUGCUACUGCUACCAAGAGUGCUAGCUCCGGUGAUAGCUCGUCCGCACCUUCAUUUUCUACGGGCAGUGAUGCCAACGACUUCUCCGUUGCUAAUAUUAAGAUCUCGACCUCCAAGGGAACCGACAUGCUGGUCAUCUACAACAUGCCCAAUGGCCAAAAGUGCCACGGGACUGCUUCCGUCUCCACUGCUGUUACUACCAUUACUAAUGACCAGUGUGGUGGUGCUGAGUCUGUUCAAUUCGCUCUGCCCAAUGGCAGCAAGGACGCCAGCAUCGAUUUCGCAAUCUACAGUAUUGACUUUGACUGCACAUCGGGCACUACCAGCUCUGCAUCGGCCCAGAGCACUGCUUCCAUUUCGGCCCGUGGCGUUCUUCCUCGCAACUUCGAAAGCUCGUCCAUUCCAUAUGUUCCUCCUACCACGUCUGAUUCGUCACUCCAGUCUACCUCGAGCAGUCUUCUCGUUGUGAUCCCCGAGUCUUCGGACUCGUCGUCCUCGACAACCUCGAGCUCUGCCGUCCCGGUGGUUCCCGAGUCUAGUUCGCCUGCAUCUGCCUCUCCGAGCUCUUCUUUGCCAUUAAUAGUUCCGGUUUUGCAGAGCUCAGUCCCAUCUGGUACCUCAACGUCUUCGGCGCCCAUCAUUCCAGCGGUCUCUACCUCUUCACCGGUUGCGGGCAAAAACUCUCCUGCUGCGAGUGCUUCAGCUAGCUGGACCACUUCCACCGUUUACACGACUGAGGAGAUUACCAUCACAAGUUGUGCCGCCACUAUCACGGACUGCCCUGCGGACUCAACCAAAGUGGUCACCUCUACCAGAGCUAUCUCAACCACGUCGACCCCUGCUCCUGGCUCGAGCAGUGCAUCCCCUGCAUUAUCUCCCACAGGCUCGUCUGCUGUUCCCUCGGCUUCUUCUCCCUCUGGAUUGGUCUCGACAUCGGCUGGCUCGUUAAUUCCAUCUGGAUCAUCGCCUGUCAGUGGAUCGUCAGUUCCUUCUGGCUCAUCGCCUGCCAGUGGAUCCACACCCCCUUCGGUCAGUUCCAGUGUCCAAUGGACCACAUCAACUGUGUGGACGACUGAGGAGUUUACUAUCACAAGUUGUGCCGCCACGAUCACAAACUGCCCCGCGGACUCCACCAAAGUAGUCACAUCCACCAGAGCUAUCUCAACUACAGUCUGCCCUGUGACUCAGACUGGCUCAGCUACCCAGUCUUCUGCUGCCCAGUCCACCCCUCUGCAGACUUCCUCACUUGAUGUGAGUGGUAGCUUGCCUGCCAGCUCGCCCGUGAGCACAUCUAGCUCCUCUGGCGCUACCGCAUCUGCUGGCUCUUCCGGAUCCUCGCCGGUUACUGGAACUAUAACAUCCUCGGCCAGUGCUUCCUCUUUCACGACCUCAACUGUUUUCACGACCAGCGAGUUCACUGUUACUAGUUGUGCAGCAACCAUCACAGAUUGUCCUGCGGACUCGACCAAGGUAGUUACCUCUACCAUCGCUCUGUACACCACAGUGUGCCCUGUGACUGCAACGGAGACCUUUGCCAGUCAGACUUCUUCUGCUGAGUCGUCUGUGGUGCCAUCCACUCAAUCUAGCCCUAGCAGUAGCUUGCCUGCAUCUUCCUCCGCUAUUCCUUCGGGCUCUUCCCCAGUCACUGGCUCCGCCAGUUCAUCUGCUGCUGAGACUACCCCUGCUGGCCAUACUUCCCCUGUCAGUCCAUCCGCUGGUCCUUCGGCGUCUUCUUCCACUGGAUCAGUCUCGACUUCUGCUGGGUCGUCAAUCCCUUAUGGUUCAUCCUCCGUCACUGGAUCCAUCACAUCUACAAGCGUUUCUCAGUGGACUACAUCCACGAUCUAUACGACUAGCGAGAUUACAAUUACUAGCUGCGCCGCCACUAUUACGGACUGUCCGGCCGACUCUACCAGGGUGGUCACUUCUACUAUUGCUAUCCAGACUACUGUUUGCCCAGUCACCGAGACUACUUCGUCUGAGUCGACUUCGGCACCGUCAGUUGGAGCCAGCCCCAGUGGAAGCUUGCCUGCGACUUCUUCUGCCGUUCCCUCAGGCUCGUCGCCGGUCACCGGCUCCGUUAGUUCAUCUGCUGGUGGGACUACCCCGGCUGGUGAGACUUCUCCUGCCGUAUCAACCCCUGCUGGCCCCAGUGGCUCUUCUCCGGUCUCUGGUUCCAUCACAUCAUCUGCUAGUGUGUCAAAGUGGACCACAUCUACUAUCUACACGACUAGUGAGGUGACUGUUACCAGAUGCGCUUCUACCGUGACGAACUGCCCCGCGGACUCUACCACAGUGUACACUUCUACCAUCCCUGUUAGGACGACCAUCUGUCCUGUAACUGAGACGACCGUGGGUGAGACAUCUCCUGCUGGCAAGUCUACUACUGCGACCCAGACUAUUUCGGUUGGUCAGACAACCCCUGUUGAAUCAGGCUCUGCUACAUCGACCCCGGCUGAGUCUAGCCCUGCCGAAUCAAGCCCCGUCGCGUCGACUUCUGUCGGCCCCUCAGGUUCUUCACCGGUCACUGGUACCAUCACGUCUUCUGCAAGUGUUUCGCAGUGGACUACAUCCACGAUCUAUUCGACCAGCGAAAUCACCAUCACCAGCUGUGCCCCGACGGUUACUAACUGCCCGGCCGACUCUACCACGGUGGUCACCUCCACUAUUGCUAUCCGAACUACCGUGUGUCCUGUCACGGAGACCACAUCAGCUGGAGAAACCUCUACUGCUGCUCAGACAUCUCCAGUUGUUCACACUUCUUCCGUCACUGUGACUUCCCCCGCUGCUGAAACUUCCACGGCCAUAGUAACUACCCCGGAAGGGACAUCUGUUGUUCCCAGUGGCUCUUCUCCGGUUACCGCGAGCUCUUCAGUUCCAGCUGGUGGCAGUUCGUCGGUGCCUUCAGUACCGCAAGAAUCGACAGUCACUGAAAUCACCUACACCACCACGACUGUGUGCCCGGUCACUGCCACUAUUAGCUCGGGAUCGUCAUACUAUGUCACUACUUCUACCACCUUGUCAACCAUCGUUGUGACCUCGGCCUCAACUAUCCCAGUUAUUGCGACUACUUCCGUUGUCAAGACAACUGUUGCUGAAACUAGCACUGCAUCUAUAACUGGUCCUUCUGAUGUUAGCCCUGUCUCUACAGCCGUACCCAGUGAUUCGACUACCACCAUAGUGACUUAUACUACCGUGACUACAUGCCCUGUUACGAACACGAUCACUACGGGUGGAUCCACUGUUCUUGUGCCUACCACGACUGUUUCCACCAUUGUUGUGACCACGGCCUCUACUAUCCCAGUUGUUGCUACUACUUCUGUCAUCGAGACAACUGCUGCUGAGACUAGCCCUACACCCACGGCCGGUCCUUCUGGUGUCAGCCCUGGAUCUAGUACUGCCCCAGAGGAAUCUAGCACGACCGUUGUGGUUUACACCACUGUCACUACCUGCCCUGUGACCAACACUGUCACUAGCGGUGGAUCUACUAUCCUUGUCCCCACUACUACCGUUUCCACUAUUGUUCUAACUUCCACUUCCGUCAUUUGCACCAAGUGUUCAGCUGGUGUUACUACUUCUGCACCUAGCAUCGCCGAGACAACUUUUGUUAAGACUACCGUUGCUGAAAGCAGCCCUGUACCUACAGCUGGCCCCUCCGGUGUCAGUCCAGAGUCUACAAUCACUCCCGAGGAUUCUAGCACAACCAUUAUGGUCUACACAACUGUUACUACCUGCCCUGUGACCAACACUGUUACUUCCGGUGGAUCUACUAUCCUUGUUCCUACCUCCACUGUUUCAACUGUCGUUCUCACCUCCACCUCUGUUAUUUGCACCAAAUGCUCAGCCGGCGCGACUGGUGUUCCCGAGACCAUUACCGUCACCGGUGGCACCGGCACCGUGGCCACCUCGAGCCCUGCUCCAUCCUCUCCUUGCCCCAGCACCGUCCCUCAAUGCAUCAACACCUGGCUCAGCGUGGUACCAAAGUGCAAAGACAACAGCGAUUCAAAGUGUUACUGCCCCAACAAAGAGUUCACCGAAAAGGUCAUCUCCUGUAUCGAUGCAUGGGGAACAUCCAAGUCCGAGAUCACGGCCGCACUAUCCUACUUCACUGGGAUUUGUGCAGCUUGGGUCCCCCAGAACCCCGGCAUCGUAACUGCCAUUCCUUCAACCAUCACCUUGGUCCCGACAGUCUCCGUCAGCGGCAGCGCCGGUCUUGCAACCGUGAGCGUGACCUCCGAACCCAAGCUGCCCUGCACAACCAUCACCUACUCAACAUACACAGUCACCGUGCCGCAGGUCAGCUUCGUAACCUCGACACUCACGGGCUCAUCCUACACCACCCCAACAGUCGGGCUAGUGCCAGCCGGCCCCAGCAGCGCUCGACCCUCCUGGACAGGCCGGAUCCCAGUCCCACACGCCUCCUCCUCAAGAAUAGCAACCUCCUCCAGCAUCUCUUACGCGGCCGCGAAAGCCACCCCCACGCCAGUCUGGAACGCAGCCCCGAGCGUGUCAACCUCAUGGGGCAUGAUGCUAGGCUUCCUAGCAACGCUCAUUGGGCUUGUCAUCUAG